CCCCGAGGGGAAAAAAAUAAAUUCCUUGGUGCUCCUCUGUUGGCCUCAAAACAAUCAACAAAUAUCCCUUCUUCUUCUCGAUUUUAUACGACCAUCUCCUUCUUUUGACAACCCCUUUAAUGGGAUCCAUCAAAAUUAGCAUCUCUUCCAUCCUUUCUUGGAUUCCCUUACAUCAUGUUGUAUAGCCAAAUCACUAAAGUCUCAAAUUAAACCAAGAAAGAAAAUCUCGAUGACAAGUUGUUGAGCUUUAUUCAGUCAUGGAGGAGAGGCAUGUUCUUUUUGGGAAGUAUGAGAUGGGGAGGCUACUGGGGAAGGGGACUUUUGCUAAAGUUUACUAUGGGAAACACUCGGUAACCGGAGACAGUGUGGCUAUCAAAGUUAUAAACACAGAUCAAGUCAAGAAAGAAGGCAUGAUGGAACAAAUCCAGACAGAGAUCUCAGUGAUGCAUCUUGUUCGUCAUCCCAACAUUGUUGAGCUCAAGGAAGUCAUGGCUACAAAGACUAAGAUCUUCUUCAUCAUGGAGUAUGUUCGAGGUGGAGAGUUGUUUGCCAAAGUAGCCAAAGGAAGGCUCAAAGAAGAAGUUGCUCGAAAAUAUUUCCAGCAACUAAUCAGCGCGAUUGAUUAUUGUCACAGCAGAGGUGUUUAUCAUCGAGACUUGAAGCCAGAGAAUAUAUUGCUUGAUGAAGACGAAAACUUGAAAAUCUCUGAUUUUGGCUUGUCAGCCUUACCUGAACAAUUGCUGCAAGAUGGACUUUUGCAUACUCUGUGCGGGACUCCUGCUUAUGUUGCCCCAGAAGUUUUGAGAAAGAAAGGCUAUGAUGGAUCAAAAGCAGAUACAUGGUCAUGUGGGGUGAUUCUCUACGUGCUUCUUGCAGGAUUCUUGCCAUUUCAAGAUGAAAAUGUUAUGAAGAUGUACAAGAAAAUCUUCAAGGCUGAAUAUGAGUUUCAGCCUUGGUUUUCAACAGAUGCUAAGAGGUUGAUUUCAAGACUUCUUGUUGCUGAUCCUGAAAGGAGAAUCACAAUUCCUGCCAUAAUGAGAAAUCAUUGGUUUCUGAAAGGGUUUUUAAGACCAAUGGCCUUUUCAAUUCAAGAAUCAAUCAUGGAUAAAACAGAAGAAGAUCAAGAUCUUGAUUCUUGUUCUGUUGUCAAGCCUAAAGUAUCAUCACCAAGAUUCUUCAAUGCAUUCGAGUUCAUCUCUUCAAUGUCAUCUGGGUUUGAUCUGUCCAGUCUUUUUGAGACUAAGAAGAAACCAGGGUCGAUGUUCACUUCGAAAGUGUCAGCAAGUGCUAUCAUGGAAAAGAUUGAAGGAGUUGCAGAAGGGCUGAAUUUUAAGGUAGCAAAAGUUAAAGAUUUCAAAGUGAGGUUACAAAGUCCAUGUGAGGGAAGAAAGGGGAAGCUGGCAGUGACAACAGAGGUGUUCGAGGUGGCACCGGAGGUUGCGGUGGUGGAGUUCUCCAAGUCUUCCGGAGAUACCUUGGAGUAUGCCACGUUCUGCAAGGAAGAUGUCAGGCCUGCACUAAAAGACAUUGUUUGGACAUGGCAAGGAGACAAUGUUUGUACUAAUGAUAACAACAAUAGUCAAGUAGAAGAUUGUGAAAUUCAAUUGUUGUAGAAAGGCUUUGAUCUUAACUGGGGGAGUUUUACGAUUUUCUGUCAUCUGUAAAUAAGUUUUGGUAAGUAAAUUAAUGCAGAGGUUGAGUGUCUUCGUUAAGCACAAAAUAACCAGAAAGUUUUACACUCUCU